CUUUAUCGGUGCCGGAAUUUGCACGAGUGACGGCCGGCAUGAACUCUCCCACCCAUGCUGUACCGCCGCAAGAGCAUCUGCCCAAGAAACGCCGCCGACCAGCGCUGGCAUGCGAGGGAUGCCGCCAACACAAGAUCCGCUGCGAUCGAGUCUAGCCCUGUUGCGGCACCUGCAUGCGCUUUGGAAAUCUCGGAUGCACCUACAAACCGCCUCUUCUUCUACCGCCUCCUUUUCCACCGCCUCCUUUUCCACCGCCUCCUUUUCCACCGCCUCCUUUUCCACCGCCUCCUUUUCCACCGCCACCAAUACCAAAGAACACAAGACCAGCCGCUCGUCUUCUGGCUUCACAUCCCAUUCCCACGACCUCCACGCCACCAGCCGCCAUUUCCGUCAUCAACACGCCUGAGGCCCCAGAGCGCUAUCUAAGCUCCGCUAGUUCCGUCAACUCGUCAGCUUGCACUGUCGAUUCCCUCGAGCGCCGUGUGAAGCAGCUCGAGACGGAGCUGCAAUCUGCUCUUACCAGUCGGAACCAGGCUGACUCCCCAUUGCCUUUGAGACAACGGCAGUCAUCACCCCUGCGUGUGCCCGCCGACUCGAGCGAGAUUAGCAAAACCAACUUUGUCUCACUUCCCAUACGCGGCACAAUGUCGAAGACAAGGUUCUUCGGUCAGAGCCAUGGGCCAAUGGCGUCAGCUUGCUGCCCUCCAAGUACACGGUCCUCCUCAGCGUCAUGGACUGUGCCAUUAAGGCCUGCUGAGUUCUGCUGCUGCCCUCGCUGGCCAUUGGCCAGAGUAUCUCCGCCCGUCCUGUUGCAGACCGUCUCAUCGAUGGUUACCUUUGGACCUUGGAGACUAUCUACCGUGUUCUUCACACCCCUUCCUUCCAAGCCGAAUACGACCGUUACUGGGACUAGCCUCACACGUCUAGCCAGCCUUUCAUUGUGCUGAUGCAGCUUUGUAUGGCCAUCGGCGCCUGCUUCCAUGAUCGCACACAGUCCUUCCGAGCCCAGGCUGCAGGCUGGAUCUAUGAAGCACGCUUUUGGCUUGUUCUCCCUGCAGAAAAGACUCGCCUGGUCAUCACCAGACUGCAAAUUAUGUGUCUCCUUCAGCUCAGCAAGCAGACAGCUGGUGUUGCCGGCGACCUCACCUGGAUUUCAGCCGGCAGUUUUCUCCGCUCCGCCAUGCACAUGGGCUUG